AUGGAAAAACGAGGAAAAUACGGAAAGUGGUCUGAAAAUGAACUCCAGUUGGCUGUCGACGCAUUCAGGAGGGGUGGCAUUGGGCUAAACGAAUGUGCAAAGGUGUAUCAUAUUCCCAAGGCUACUUUAAAGCGACAUAUUGAAAAUAAGAACAAAAUAGCUAAUGCCGGCACUAAGAAAUUUGGCAAAGGCACAAUUUUGCCAAAAGACGUAGAAGAGGAACUUGUGAAGCAUAUAAUAAAAUUGGAGGAGAUGAUGUUUGGCUUGACCAUUACGGAUAUAAGAAAACUUGCGUUUGAAAUCGCAGCAAAAAAUAAUAUCGCACAUAAGUUCAGUAUGCAAAAGGGUCUUGCGGGUAAAAAAUGGUACUAUGCAUUCAUGCGGCGUCAUCCAACUUUGACCUUAAGGCAGCCCGAAUCAACGUCGAUAGCCAGAGCCAGAGGGUUCAACAGGCAAAAUGUUUAUCACUUUUUUGAUAUACUCGAAAGGAUCAAUGUCGAAAAUAAAUUAGACGCCACCAGAAUCUACAACGUCGAUGAGAGUGGCUUCUCAACAGUACAAAAGAAAUCGCAGAAAAUAAUUGGACUAAAGGGAAAGAAGCAAAUAGGGGCCAUUGCAAGUGGGGAACGUGGUGUGAAUACCACAAUGGUUUGCUGUGUCAGUGCAGCGGGUCAAUUCAUUCCACCUAUGCUGAUUUUCAAGCGUAUGAUAAUGUCUCCUGAGCUCAAAGUAGGUGCACCUCCUGGCAGUUUAGUCGAAAUAUCUGGAAGCGGUUAUAUAAAUUCCGAACUUUUUUGUAAAUGGCUGCAACAUUUCAUCAGUGUGGUGAAGCCAAAUGAAGAGAUGAAGGUUCUUCUGUUACUGGACGGCCAUUCCACUCACAGUAAAAAUCUGGACGCGUUGAUGCUAGCGCGUGAAAAUGGAGUAAUUUUACUUCAACUACCUGGACACACGACACAUCGGCUCCAACCGCUCGAUGUUUUUUUUUUUAAGCCAAUGGAAACUUAUUACACCCAGGCGAUGGAACGUUGGUUAAGAACCAACCCUGGAAUGAAAGUAACACAGUUCCAGGUAUCGGAACUGCUCUCUGAAGCUUAUGGUAAAGCAGCGUGUAUUCAGACCGCUGUAAAUGGAUUUAAAGCAGCUGGAAUUUGGCCUAUUGAUAGGGGUGUUUUUGCCGACCACCAGUUUGCUGCAGCAGAUAAUCUUUGUCAAGAAGAGCAACCAAUGGAGGAUGCAGAAAUCAAUGGUGAUGGGAGCGAAGAAAAUCGAGAAGACAAUCCACUUGAAUCCUUAAUAAAUGAAAGAAGAGCAAGGGCGAAUAAGGGACCCUCUACAUCAGGCACUAAUCGGAACGCAACCAACGAUGAAGUGAAGAAGUCGUCGUUAAAUGUGUCUAUCGAAGAACUCUCUCCAGUUCCAGUUCCCACCAAAACUCAAAGGUUGUCGAAAGGAGCUCAAAAGGCAGAAGAAUUAACCAGUACCCCUUACAAGGACAACUUGAUUGUUGUUAAGGAGAAAACGGCAAGAAGGAAAGGAAAACAACAAAAAAACCUCUUGGUUCUGUCCUUUGUGCAAGGCAAAUGA